GCCGGCGGGCAGCGCGGACAGCGGCCGGGAUGCGGCUACCGGCCGGCGCGGCGCUCGUAGAAAGGGCCAGAGUAGGGACGAGACGGACCGGGAUGUCCUCGGUGAGGUGCCGAGGGCUACGCUUGUGACACGCUUGUAGGGGCGGAAUUCGUUGAGCAUCACCUGGCCGCCCGGUCCCAAGGCUUUCAGUGGAAAUAGUAUCCAAAGCAGCUUCUCUUAAUUGCCGUGCGCUGACUUCCUUACCUCCUUCAUUAGUGGCCAACUAAUCAUCAGGACCAGAUCGAGAAGCCAGCGAUGACUGACAUGGAUCAUCUGGAUCACCUAAUUGUUGGCUAAAGACAGCUCCUUGAGACCCUAUCAGAAUGAUAGACAUAUUAUAAUCAGCAAAUGUGGAAGGAAUAGCUGAAUGAAAGAAUAUUCAAGAAGAAAAUGCUAAAGAAGAGGAAUUAUACAAUUGGGAGGAGGUUUUUCCCUGUUCUCAUUGAGAAUUCUGAACAAAAGCUUGUGCGUUUGGUUUUUCCUGAUCUUGGUACCCGGAGGCUAGGCACGAGAGGAAGUGCCAGGUAUCAUUAUGAUGGAAUCUGUAUCAAGAGAAGUUCUUUCUUCUAUGCCCAGUAUUGCUACCUUCUGGGUGAAAAAAGGGAUCACAGUGGAGAUAUCAUUGCCUUUGAAAAAUCUACUAACUAUAACAGCAUUAUCCAACAAGAAGGAACAUGUGAAAAUCAUUCACCGAUAAAGACAGACCCCAUUGGAUCCCCUUUGUCUGAAUUCCGGAGAUGUCCAUUCUGGGAGCAAGAACUGGCAAAGAAGUACUCCUACAAAAUGAUGGCCUUUCUUGCUGAUGAAUACUACAACUAUUGCCAAGAGAUUUUACAAAACGUGAGGAACCAAGAACUUGAGAGGGUGGAGGACUUGCUCACUUCUUUCUGGAAAUCUCUGCAGCAAGACACAGUCAUGCUUAUGUCAUUGCCUGAUGUGUGCCAGCUCUUUAAAUGCUACGAUGUGCAGCUGUACAAGGGAAUUGAGGACGUUCUCCUUCAUGACUUUUUGGAAGAUGUUUCUAUUCAGUACCUGAAGUGUGUCCGGUUAUUUAGUAAGAAAUUUAAGCUGUGGCUACUUAAUGCUUUGGAAGGGUUUCCCGCCCUCGUGCAGAUCUCCAAACUCAAAGAAGUUACUGUGUUUGUCAAAAGACUAAGAAGAAAGACAUACCUUUCCAACAUGGCAAAGACUAUGAGAAUGGUAUUGAAAAACAACAAGAGGGUCAAUGUUUUGAAGUCAGAUCUACAUGCCAUCAUCAAUCAAGGUGCUUUGGACACUUCUAAGAAAGCCCCGCCGAGUAACCCGUGCAGCACGGCUGACCUGGAGAUGCACACGGAGAUGCAAUGUUUAAGCAGUUUGAUUUCUUUGCUGGGGACAUCCACAGACCUCAGUGUAUUCCUGAAUUGUCUGUCUUCAAAUCUCCAAGCAUUCGUCUUCCAGCCAAGCAGAAACAAAGAAGAGUUUAUCAAAUUGGCUGCCAGCUUCCAGCUGAGAUGGAAUUUCCUUCUUACCACUGUGAGCAAAGCCAUGACCCUCUGCCACAGAGAUAGUUUUGGCUCCUGGCAUCUGUUUCAUUUGCUGCUUCUGGAAUAUGUGAUUCAUAUACUUCAGUCAUGCAUAGAAGAGGAAGAGGACGACGAUGAUGUGGGAAAUCUCAAGGAAAUGCUACCAGAUGACCAGUCUCUUGUCCAGCCAGACCAGGCAACCUUUCACCCUCCAGAUUCUUCACCAGCCCUGGCGUAUGACAGCCCACAUAUGGAUCCACAUCGGGUGAUGCUGAAACACAUAGGCCAGAGCCGAUGUCCUGUGGGUGUGAACAGUGCGUUUCUCAGGGUCCUGGGCUUCCUGGUGGACACUGACACGGGUGAUAAGCUCAUCCAGGUAUUGUUGGAGGACAAGGCCACCGAAAGCACCUUCAAACUCAGCCUUCCUGUGGGACAAGAGGCCCUGGUAACUCUAAAAGAUGGACAAAAAUUUGUAAUUCAUGUAUCAGAUGUACCCCAAAGCUCUGAAAAUAUUUUUUUCAGGGAAAGCAACGCUAAUAUAUAAGAUCAUUUCUUAGAAUAGGACAUGAGAAAACAUAGAUUUUCACUCUUAAAAAUAUAUUAAGUGCUAAAGCUUUUGUAUUGAUGAGAAAGAAGAUUUUAUGUACAUAAUAGAGGUAGCAUUGUCUAUUUUGUGUUUAUAUGUAUUUCAAGCAGUUAGUUUAGGUGAAUCAUAUAAACUGAUUUGGAGAAUA